AUGAAGGAGAUGUGCCGAUUGGCGGAUGCUUACUCCGGCGGCGACCACAAGCAGCUGUUCCCGGCGGCGCAGGGCUGGCUGACGACAUGCGAGAUCGCAUGUGCGCCCCUCCUCAUGAAGGAGAUGUGCCGAUUGGCGGAUGCUCACUCCGGCGGCGACCACAAGCAGCUGUUCCCGGCGGCGCAGGCGGGCACGCUAGCCGCCCUGAUCACUGUGUGCAGCGAGAACGCAUGUGCGCCCCUCCUCAUGAAGGAGAUGUGCCGAUUGGCGGAUGCUCACUCCGGCGGCGACCACAAGCAGCUGUUCCCGGCGGCGCAGGGCUGGCUGACGACAUGCCGAGUCCUCCGGAACACCAUUGAAAAGGAGAUACUUUCUCCGAUGUCUCAUCUCCAUGACAUCUUGAGCAUGACUAAUGCUUUCAAUCUGAUUGCCCAGAAGUUUCAGCAAGCCCAAAGUUUGCUCCUUGAAGACAAUUGGCGGUCGGUCAGCCCGACAUGGGAGGCGCCGUACGACCUCGGCUUCGACCUGGACUACGCUGACGAACAGCAGGAUGAUGACGACACGAGCGCCGAUGAUUCCGACGAAGACGCCAUGCUUCAAUACAAACUCUGCACCUUCACGGUCACCCAACGCGAGUUCAUGAACCAGCAUUGGUACCACUGCCACACGUGCAAGAUGGUGGACGGCGUCGGUGUGUGUACCGUGUGUGCACGAGUAUGUCACCGCACACACGACGUGUCCUACGCCAAGUUCGGCAACUUCUUCUGCGACUGUGGCGCCAAGCCCGACUCCAGCUGCCAAGCCCUAGUCAAGCGUUCCGUGACGCUGCUGGGAGGCGCCCGCUCGGGCGGCGAAGAAGCCCCACCUGCGCCGUCCUACCGCCGCCGCCCCUCCAGCCCCGUACCGCCCGCGUUACUCGCGCCGCCGCGCCGGCCCGUCCUCGCGGCCAACAUACAAGGUUGCCGCCAAUACCUAGCCUCGUACUCAGGCUGGGGCGCGUGCAUGGACAAGGUCCGCAAGCUCCUCGACGUGUUGUCCGGGCCGGUGCGUGCCGCGUGCGAGCGCGGCGCCGCUGUGGGCGCGCACGGACGCGCUCAGCGCGCGCUAGCCCAGCUGCACCUGGGCGAGAAGAGAUUUGUGCAUACUGACAAUCUUAUGGUGCCGACACUGGGUUCUCAAGAGGGUGCGUUCGAAAACGUCCGCAUGUCGUACACCGGCGAGAACGGCCAGACGAUCCGCCAGCUGAUGUCCAACCACAAGCUGCGCCGGGUCGCGAUGUGCUGCUUGGCGUCGCCGCAGGGCCGCCGGCAGCACCUCGCCGUGUCGCACGAGAAAGGAAAAAUCACCGUGCUCCAGCUAUCCGCCCUGCUCAAACAGGCGGACUCGUCCAAACACAAGCUGACUCUCACUCGGCUUUCAUCAGCCCCCAUACCGUUCACCGUGCUCACGCUGAGCGGGAACCCGUGGAACGAAGACUUACUCGCCGUGUGCGGCAUAAAGGAGUGUCACGUACUGACGUUUAACAGUGGAGGCACAGUGGCAGACCACCUAGUCAUCAACACCGGCCUGGAAGCCAACAACUACAUAAUCAAGGCGCUCUGGCUGCCCGGCUCGCAGACGCAGCUCGCGCUGGUGACGUCGGACUUCGUCAAGAUAUUUGAUCUCAGCAAGGACCUUAGCAACCCUGUGCAUCACUUCCUGGUGCCUAGUGGAAAGGUCCGAGACGUGACGUUCGUGAACCAAGAAGGCGUGAUGCACAUGAUAUGCAUGAGCUCAGCCGGCCACAUGUACUGGCAACCGACCAGCGAGGAGUCCCGCGCUUCUCUUGGCACAUUCUACAUUACAAACACACCGGAGGUUCUGCAUCCGGAGAUACAGGACGUGGCCGGCAUGGUCGGCGGCGGCGGAGUCUCCGUGUACUACUCGCACACGCUCAAAAUGCUGUUCUUCUCGUAUGCUCACGGCAGGAGCUACCUCGCGCCGUUGAGCACUGUCGAAGACAGCGUCAAAGGCACUGCAUUGAUCCCGCAAUCCCUAACCACGCCGCCCAAAGAAGGCGGUCGCGGGGGCGGCAAGCAGGGCGGUGUCCAAGCCCUCUGCCAAUGGGCCGAGGUCCCCGGACAUCCAGGCCUGGUCACAGCUGUGCUGCAGGCUUCUAACAACCCUGUGGUGCUCAUGCUCACGCCUUACAACAUCUUCGUUCAGGAGAUCAAGGUGGUCCUGAUGCUGGCCGGCGACCUCGAUUCCACCGUGGAAGCGGACCGCGCCGUCCUCGAGCGCCUCCUGGACCUGCUCGUGUCGGAGCUGGACAUGGGCACCGAGGAGGACGCGCCCGCCAUGACACCCGCCGUCCACGAGCGCACCAACCGCCGCGAGCUACAGCUGGUGGUGAUGCGGCUGCUCAGUGUACUAAUGGCCCGCUGCAAGUCCACCUCGUCCGGCAGCACGACAGCGCGCGAGGGCUCCGGCGCCGCCUGCGCCGCGCACGUGUCCCGCCUCGCCGCCGCCGCGCUCAUACGCGCCGGGGCGCCGCUGCACUGCUACAGAGUGCUUGCUGCCUUAUUACCGUACUGGAAGGACAAGACUGCUAACGCUGGUACAACGACGCCUACAGCGCAGCUCCUGAAGCCGCAGGCGCCGCACCCGCUGCCCGACAUGCAACCUUUCUUCGUUAAGGAAUACGUUAAGAGCCACGCCCUGGACGUGUUCGACAACUACCCACAACUACUGAUGGAGAUGGCGCUCCGCCUGCCGUGCCAGAUCCACAAGCACUGCGAGCCCGUGCACUUCGACUCGCGCUGGCGCACGCUGCUCUGCGAGUACAUGAUGAACCAGCAGACCCCGCUCAGGAAACAAGUCCGCAAGCUUCUCCUCUUACUUUGCGGUACUCGCGAUCGCUACCGCCACACGCGCGAUGUCCACGCGCUCGAUACUCAUCUAAACGCCGCCAAAGCGCUGCUGCAGACCGACCCAGCCUACGACAGGCUCGUGCAACUCAUGGACCAUUUGAAGGCGUGUGCAGAAAUAGUGAGCGCCCGCACGGGCAACUGGCAGCACACGUGCGCCACGGAGCGUAGAGAGGCGCUCGCGUGGCUGGUGCGCUGCGCGCGGCGCGUGCACCCGCACGUGGCGCCCACCGUGCUGCAGCUGCUGCAGGCCGCGCUCACCGACACCAAGUCGGACAAGACCCCGUCAGCAUCAGGAUCGACUUCCGAGUGGCAGGAGCGCGAGCGCAGCGCGGACAGCGACGCGUUUGUCUCUGACGGCUCCAAGUUCCAGGAGCAUCGCGUGCCGGUCCUCGUCCAGCAGAUACUCAAACAGGUGUCACAGGAAGAAUUGAAGAUGUUUGUGAAGGCUUUCCUAUUGGAGACCAACUCCACGGCCGUGCGGUGGCAGGCGCACGCUUUGCUACUGGCCAUCUACAACAACUCGCCGCCAGCCGAGAAAGCAUCGCUAGUGUCUCUGCUCUGGGGCAUUUGGCCCACACUACCCCAAUAUGGGCGCAAGGCGGCUCAGUUCGUUGACCUCUUGGGAUACUUCACGCUCAAGACCACGGACAUCGAUACUGAGAAAUACGUCUGCAGCGCGGUAGACCUGCUCCGCAGCCAGAACCAGCUCCUGUCCAUGCACGGCAACGUGUCCCUAUACGCCGCUCUCGGCGCCUACGUGGAACUAGACGGCUACUACCUGGAGUCCGAGCCGUGUCUGGUCUGCAACAACCCCGAGGUGCCCAUGGCGACCAUCAAGCUGCCCACCAUCAAGAUCGAUUCGAAAUUCACAACAACCACCCAAAUAGUGAAGCUAGUGAACAGCCAUAUGAUCAGCCGCAUCAGCUUGCGCAUCGGUGACAUCAAGCGCAGCAAGAUGGUGCGCAGCAUCAACUUCUAUUACAACAACCGCACCGUGCAGGCGGUGCAGGAGCUCAAGAACAAGCCUGGCAUGUGGCACAAGGCGAAGCGUGUGCAGCUGCAGUCUGGCCAAUCAGAGGUCCGCGUCGACUUCCCGCUGCCGAUCGUCGCAUGCAACCUCAUGAUGGAGUACGCCGACUUCUAUGAGAACCAGCAGGCUACAGGAGAAUCGUUACAAUGCCCUCGUUGCUCGCAAUCCGUGCCGGCCAACCCAGGCGUCUGCGCCAACUGCGGCGAGAACGUGUUCGAGUGCCACAAGUGUCGCGCUAUAAACUACGACGAGAAAGACCCGUUCCUCUGCCACGCCUGCGGAUUCUGCAAAUACGCCAAAUUCGACUACACACUCACCGCGCGGCCAUGCUGCGCCGUCGACAACAUCGAGAACGACGAGGAGCGCAAGAAGAUGGUGCAGACCAUCGGCGCGCUGCUGGACAAGGCCGACCGCGUGUACCGCCAGCUGGUGGCCAACAAACCCGUGCUCGAGUCCCUCGUGCACAAGAUAAGCGAGCACCGGCUGGAAGGGCGCCCCGGCGACGAGAACAGCAACGCGUCCACCACCUCCUUCGGCGGCGCGCAGAUCAACCGCGUGAUCCAGUCCCUCGCGCACAAGUACUGCGUCGACAGCAAGGGCCACUUCGAGGACCUGUCCAAGAUCAUACAGAAGGUGUUGGCUUGCAGGAAAGAACUAGUCGCCUACGAUAGAUCUCAAAGCGAACAGCUGAAGGGAGACACGCUACCAGUAUACGCUGGGCUGGUGCAAAACUAUGAUGGAGAACUUACCAAAGAAUCAGGCGGCGGCUGCUACGGCUGCUCCCUGGCCUGCGCCGAGCACUGCCUGACGCUGCUGCGCGCGCUCGCCUCGCAGCCCGAGCACCGCGCGCGCCUCUGCCGCUUCGGGCUCGUGCAGGAGCUGGUGCAGCACAACCUGCACCGCGGCACUCCGCAGUGCCAAGAGGAAGUGCGCUCGCUGAUCUGCCUGGUGACCCGCGACAACCUGCCGGCCACAGAGUCGCUCUGCAGCCUGCUGUCGCAACGGAUCACGCUCUCGCUCAUGGGACACGCCGCUUCGCAGGACCUCAACAACUCGGUGCGACCUCUAGUGCUGCUCCUAGGCUCCCUAGUGAAGGUCCAAGACGGCGUGGAAUGCUGGGAGGUCCGGCUGCGCUGCGUGGUCCGCCUGUGGGUGUGGUGCUGCCCGCAGCUCACCGAGGUGGCCGGGCUGCCGUCCGCCGCCAGCGUGAUCCUCAAGCCGGAGGCCCUAGCCGGCAUACCGGGCAUCAACACAUCGUCACCCAACUCGCAUCAAUUCGCCCUGCAGCAAGUCGCGCUCCCAUGCUUAUGCUACAUGCAGCAGCUGAUGGCGCCCGUGCCGCCCGUCGUGUCCGCCAACGGCCACGCCGAUCCCAAGGAGGCCAAGCCGGAGACCGCUGCGGUGUCGUCGUCGGCCGCGCCGGGCGCCCUCGCCGCGUCGACCGGCAGCGUGGUGGUGGACCUGGCGGGCUGGCUGGCCGGCGACGUGACGCACAAGGACUGGCAGCGGCUGGUGGCGCCGCCCGCCGACAGCGUGCAGGGCCCGCCGCGCGCCGCCUACGUCGCGCACAAGUACGUGGCGCGCUGGAGGGAGAAGAUGUUGCUCUCGCACGGCAUGCGCCCGCUGGCGCUCGAGGACGGCGGCUGGCUGCGGCCCGUCAUGUUCGAGCCGAGCUCGCGCAUCGCGCGCGACACGGCCUGCCAGAUGGUCAAGUCGCUGUGCGACUCGUACGAGCGCAGCAAGGCUGUACUGAUCCUGUUAACCAGCUUCCUGCCAGAAGUCGGCGCCGCUGGCGAGGCCAGUGAACAGUUCCUUCAACUGUACCAAAGUCUCGCAUCCGAAGCGCCGUGGAAGCAGUUCCUGGCGCUGCGCGGCGUGCUGCAGCAGAUCGCGGACCUUAUGACCAAGGAGAACCAGCUACAUCGGCUGGAGGAAACCACACUCACAUCUGACUUGGCUCAAGGUUACGCGCUAAAGCGGCUGACCGAGCUCCUAGCGAUGUUCCUCGAGGAGCCCGGAGCGCGGCGCACGUACAAGGGGCGGCUGGUGGCAAGCUAUACCGGCGUACAAAAGACUAAUGGAGGUGGCAUCAGAGGGCUUACCGCGAACCACGUUCGACGUGUUGCCUCCCUGUCAUACUUACGUACGAAUUUACAAGUGCGACAGAGAGGUAACACGUCGAACGUGGUUCGCGAUAGGCCCUCAAAUGUACAGCCAAGUGACGAUGAUGAAAAUUACAUUUUCAAAACUUUUGUCUUUUGUUACCAUUGUGUUAGCCACCUGUACUUACUUUCAACAUAUAUUAAUAGUUUAUGUUACUGCUACAUAAUAAAAGGCAUUAAAAUACACGAGUGUGGGCUUAGGAAACGAACGAAGUGAGUUUCUUAAAAAGAUCACACGAGUGUU